CACGGCAAACGCAUUUUGAAGACAGUUGUGCUGGUGAUAAAUGCGAGCUAACAGAGUUAACGCAAUUAUCAGGUUGGACUAGCAUUAUUUUGCAAAAUGGGAAUAGCCGAUGAGGCUGACCGGACUCUGUUUGUCGGGAACCUGGACCCUCAAGUCACAGAAGAAGUUAUAUUUGAGCUGUUUCUACAGGCUGGGCCAGUGAUAAAAGUCAAAAUCCCUAAAGACAAUGAUGGAAAAUCAAAACAGUUUGCGUUUGUAAACUUCAAACAUGAAGUGUCUGUGCCCUACGCUUUAACCCUGAUGAAUGGGAUCCGUCUGUACGGACGGCAGCUCAACAUUCAGUUCAGAGCCGGCAGCAGUCAUCUCAGUCAGGAAGGCAAAAGUCCAGCAAACUCUCAGAACCCCAGUCCAGCAAACACACCAGCUCACCGCGGUGGAAGAACCCCUGAGCAGCUGGGCUCUCCGUCCUACUCUCCUCCGCAGCAUAUCCAGAGAUCUUUCUCUUCACCUGACAGUCUGCAGAGACAGGCCUUGAUGAACAACAUGUGGCAGGUUCAGAUGCAGCAGUUGCUCCAGUUCAAUGGAGGUCUCCAGCAGGGCAUGCAGCAGCUGCGCAGUCCAGCAGACAGUGAUCACUGGCAGCAGGAUCGGUCCGGCCAGCGCGGUCAUCGCCACCCUCACCAGGACAACAACAACAAUCAUGGCAGAGAUCAGCGGCACGGCCACAGCGGGAACAGCUAUGACCGGCAUCGGCGCGACGGCCAGCGAGGCGACUUCUAUCACCAUGAUGACCGCAGCGGAGGACACAGCAGGAAUUACCCUCCUGAACGAUGGAGAGACUCUAGUGAGGGACGAUGGAAACCCUUUUAAAAGCAUUUUAGUUCUCCUGUAAGCAUUUUUAAUCAACUGUUUUAAUAACCUUAUGUUAUCCUCCUAGAUUUUAAUUUUUUUAUUUUGUGGAUUGCAUCUCAACUGUUUAUAAAAAGAGCAAAUUUUUGACAUGAGGUUCAGACAUUUCGACUGGGAUGCAAGAACAAAAAAAAAAUACAAAACUAGUAAUAAAUGGGUCAUUUUGUGUGCUGACCUGUUUUAAAUGUAUAUUUUGAUCUCAGGGGGGUACUUCUGUUUAUCAUUUUUAUUUGUAAGAAUGUCCUUUUUGAGAUGUAUUUCUGUACAACAGCAAAAUGCAUAAAAGAACAAAAUAUGGUAGAUUUCUUUUUCUCUAGCUAUUUGUAAUUUCUCAGGAUUUCUCAUGAAAAAUAGAAAACUAGUUUUCAGGUGACUUAUGUGUGAUAAACAAUUUUAUUUUUUACUGAUUCUGUUUACUUUCUACUUUGCUCUUUAGGAAUUUGAUUAGGAUCAUGCUGAAUAUUAAUUCGUCAUUAUAGUCUUUGAAAAUUUGUAACGAUAACUAGUUUUAAUAACUUUGGCAUAUACACUUUUUACUGUCAAGUGCAAGAUUUGAUUUCAUAAAAAUCACAGUUUACUGAUC